AUGCCUUCUUCAUUCGCGCGAAUUCAUAAGCGCCAUAUCUACAGCAAGGAUGCUCACACCUACUACCCAGUUCUGAUAGUAGGUGCCGGAGAGUCAGGGAUAGCCAUGGGCUGCCGGCUCAAAGAGGUCCUGGGAACAGACCAAUUCAGAAUAUUCGACCGUCAAUCCGGUAUUGGAGGUACCUGGUGGAUCAAUAGGUAUCCGGGGGCUGCCUGUGACAUACCCGCAACAUUCUAUUCCUUCUCCUUUGCCCAGAAAAAGGACUGGUCCACACUCCAUCCAUCUGGCCCAGAACUAGCACAGUACAUGGCGGAUGUCUGCGAGAGAUAUCAAAUUGUGGACAAGAUCCAGUUGAAUACCGAUGUGAAGGAACUUCGGUGGAUUGAACAUGACGAGGAAUGGGAGGUUACGCUCUCACACCUUGUCCCUGGAACCGGUGAUCUAGCUCAGCACGAACGAGAUCGAAUCGCAACCCAGGAUGGUCAUCACAAAGUGUACGUCAAGACAGAAAUUGUGCGAGCCAAGGUGGUCGUCAGUGGUGUUGGCGGACUGGUAGAACCCAAGAACUGGCCGAAGAGCAUCCCAGGCAUUGAGGACUUUGAAGGUGAAGUCAUGCAUACCGCUCGCUGGGACGACCAAAUCAAGAUGGAGAAUAAGAAUGUCAUCAUGGUUGGUUCUGGCUGCAGCGCCGCGCAGGUAGUACCUGAGCUGGCGAAGCCGGAGGCCAACGUCCGAUCGAUUACCCAACUCAUGCGAAGUCCUCCUUGGGUCCAGCCGGAUUUGAUCCCCCUGAAUAUCUCCCCUUGUACGAGAGGUGGUCAGCUACACUGA